AAGAAAUAAACAAACACACGAAAUACAAUAGGGUCCUCGCCCUUUUGGGGCUCAGGCCCUAAUAAAAACACAUCCAAUAUACAAGACAUCUUCGAGACAUUAACAUAUCUGACAACAUCUGAGCUAACGCUUAUAGCUGCCAGCUGUGCCAGGUGGUUUUUAAUGAUUAAACCUGUUAUUUCCGUGGGACAUGAACGCAGCAUAGCGGGCGUACGGAAGCGCCUCUUGCAGGCUGCUGUAGUUUGCCCGAAGCAGAGCCAGCUAGCUAGCCUGGUGACCCUUUAACACCACCGAGAGGGCAGUGCGUUAGCAUUAACAACCAGUCUUUAACACAGCAAAGGUGGCGUUGGAUAUGUAAUUUGGAUGGAUGCGUUUUCUGUAGUUACUGGCUAAUUUAUAACACAUCUGGGAGAACCUUAAAGCUGCCUCUCCCAGUGCCUCGUACUCUCCCCCUAAUCUCGUCGAGAUGUCAGCUUUCUCUGAGGCAGCCUUAGAAAAGAAACUAUCCGAGCUUAGCAACUCUCAGCAAAGUGUGCAGACGUUGUCGUUGUGGCUCAUUCAUCAUAGAAAACACUCGAAGAGUAUUGUCAAUGUUUGGUUCAGCGAACUGAGAAAAGCUCAGGUGUCACGCAAGCUGACCUUCCUGUACUUGGCCAAUGACGUCAUUCAGAACAGCAAGAGGAAAGGACCAGAAUUCACCCAGGACUUUGCACCGGUCAUCGUCGAUGCAUUCAAACAUGUGUACAGAGAGGGCGAGGAGGGCUGUAAGAAACAGCUGGGUCGGGUUUUGUCCAUCUGGCAGGAGAGAACUGUGUACGAGAACAACCUGCUGGAUCAGCUCUCACAAGUCCUAUAUGGAGAAAAAAAGGCUAAGAAGAGGUCAUAUGAGGAGACCCAACCAGAUGACGAGGACUUUGCUUCUCAGAGUUCCCCCGCUGAGCCCCCACAGACAGCGGAGUUAAUCCGAGCUCUGCAGGAGCUGGAGAAUGCAGCCUCUGGCGAUUCAGUGCUGCGUCAGCGAAUCUCCUCUCUUCCUGCUGAGGUGCAGGACACGUCACUACUUCACAGGAUCACAGAUAAGGAGUCAGGGGAGCGGCUUUCCCGCCUGGUGGAGGAGGCCUGCAUGCUGCUAGCAGACUACAGUGGCCGCUUGGCGGCAGAAAUAGAUGAUAGGAGGCAGCUCACGCGCACACUAACGGUCUUCCUGCAAAGCCAGAAGGACGGCUUGGCCCAGAACGAGCAGAAACUUGAAGAGUACAAACGCAAACUGGCGAGGGUGACCCAGGUCCGGAAGGAGCUGCGUUCCCGUUUGAACAAUCUUCCAGGAGGACGCUACAACUCUUCAAACUGACGUUUCGCCACCUGACCAGAUACCUAAACCCUCCUGCUACUGAAACAUCUCAACCUGUCUCUUUAGAUAUUUGAUCAGUGACAUUGCCAUAGUCAUUUGUUCUUGAUUUUGGAAAGUGUCAGUGUCUCCCUGUAUGGCGUCCUGAAGUUCUCAUUCUGUCUUCAGCAGCUUAUUUAUUUGUCCUGCUUUUAUUAACAGAGAUAUGAGCAGUAAACUGUAAAUUAAGAUUUAUAAUCAUCAGACACAGGCCCCUCAUGCUUUUGCGCCUGCCCAUCUAACUUUCACAGCUUUAAAGUGGUAUGGAUGAUGCUGGUGUGAUAUUUUUGUAUUUAUAGUGACUUAAGAUAAUGCACCAGAGUAUAUCCCCUUACUGUGAUACUUCAUAAUGAUUUGCAGUAUUUUGGAUUGCAGUCACAACUUUCUUUUACUCUUUCUGUAAAUGCAUCUGUCCUAACUCUUGGUUUUGGUUAGAUAACUACAGCAGGUAUUGAAACUGGGAUUUGUUUUAUCUGCAGUGUGAUAAUGGCCUUUGAAAAGAACAACAUACUUGUGAAAUCAUUAGGAAACCAGAUUCUGAAGCUGAGUAGUGAGCCAUGUUCCUAAAAGCAAACCAGUGUAUGUAAUUAUAAUUUACAUAAAGCCUCCUAAGGAGAGGAGGGUGUGGAUCAUUGGUCAGUGUACAUAUUCAAAAUUGCAUGUAAAUAUGAUGGAGUUAUACCUGUAAGUCCUUAUUUGUAUCCAUGUCAACAUGGCUUGUGAAAUGAAAUGGUCAUUUAAACUAAUUACUGAGGUAUCUGUAGACUGAUAUCUUUGUAGUUACUCAGACCUCCAAUGUACUGAAAUAAUAUAUGAAGGAGUCCAUUGUGGUCUUGUUUACUGGAUCAUACAGCUUCAUGGUUUUAUCCUUCAAGCUACUGAAUGCUGUGCAGAUGCCUCACACAGCUUGAGAAGUGCCCCAUUUUCCAAAAAACAGCUGUUUGUUUUUUGUACAUAUGAAGCAAAUUCUUCUUAGAAC